AUGUUCGAGUUUCUCCGCGACGCUUUCAGCGCGUCCCCAGAUUCUGAAACCCUCUCACUCUCGUCGAAUACCAUUGAGGGCGGCGUGGAUGUCACUGUCGGUCGAACAGGCUGUGCGCAGCUUAUCCACCUCCCACCUGUGGUUCGGAGAGCUUGCCCUUUCCUGCGCGAGAUAGAUCAUGGAUCGGCAAUCCCAGAUGUGGAUCCUGUGCUCUUCCAAAUCGUGGUGGACUAUCUGGAUAGCCGGACUUUGCUGGACAAGAUGAACCCUGCAUCAACAUGCGUGCUUGGAAAACUCGCAGACGGCAGCAAGAUGACGCUCGAGUUUGCAAAGGCGUGGCAUCUAGGGCACGCGCUCGGACUACCCGAGCUGCAGAACAAGCUCGUGGAUGUCUUCCGCGAGGCCUACGUGCAACUCCAGCACGACCGUAUCCAACUUGUUCCUGACGCGGCGCCAUUCACGCUGCUUCGAGAUUAUAUCGGAUACCACACCCCAGCAGAGAAGUUCCUCGUAGACUUCUAUGCCGGCCUGUACCGAUAUGAUAAAGCCUUCUCGAUGGAGAAACUGCGGGGUGUGCCGAAGGAUAUCGCCGACUACAUCAUGAACCGAUGGAGUCUACUGGCUGAUCUUGGCAACCCGGCCGAUCGCAUCAUCAACAAUGAUCCGAAUUUUAAAGUGAGGAUGGCCGAACAUCCUGAGCUUCGUGCGAAGCUUCGCAUCGUCCCGCCGCCAUCCUGGCCUCCCCUCACGCCCCCGACGACGCCAAAGCAAGCAUCAGCGGUCCUAGCAAAAUCCCCCUCGACACACCAACUCCGUGUUCGUAUUGCUAUCCCGGGAGUUGAAAGCGUGACUGGCGAGCCUGAAGUCCUCGUCGAGCCCGAUCUGGUCCCCUCACUCGCCACAUCUUUAGGGGCUAAGCCUCCUCAGAACUCUCGUCGGGCUCGUCGCCCGUCUAUUUUGAGUCGAACAUCGUGGAUGUCCGGUAGUCCGGCCGAAUAG